CAGGCUUGUGACAAUUGACAGUACCUAGGUAGUCAAGUAGUGAGGUUAACGAGAAGGUGCGCGUUGACGAGUGCUUUUUAAGUUAGGCCUCUAAUCAUUACAAUAACUACUUCUACAUAUAAACCCAUUUUCAUACUUUUCUCCUAAAUUUAAUUCAAGAAUUCAUUGAGAUACCUCGUAUCGAAUCUAACGCAUCACCUUCAACAUUCUUAUAUUUCACUACCCCUCAGUCUACCAAUCUUCUGAUCAUCAUGGCUUCCAAUUUGACAGUUCUGGUUAAGAACAUCAGCGCCGAUACUGACGACAAGGAGGUUAAGGAUUUCUUCAGUUUCUGUGGAAAGAUCACAGAAAUCAAGAUCACCCCCGGCGAAAACAACACCAAAGAUGCCAGCGUGACAUUUGAGAAAGAAACCGCCGCCAAGACCGCGCAACUACUGAACAACACGCAACUUAAGGGGUCGCAAAUAUCCGUAGCGCCUGCCGAUGGCAAAUCCGACGACGGUACUCCGCACACGACCAACACCGACCGUGACACCGACGAGAUCACUCAGGAGGAGAAGCCUAGAAGCCGUAUUCUAGCCGAGUACCUGGCACACGGGUAUGUCGUCGGCGAUGCUACCCUGCAGCGCGCCAUCGAGCUCGACCAUAAACACGGCGUUACCAACCGCUUCAUGAACACCUUGGUGAAUCUCGAUCAGAAGUACCACGCUACCGAGCGCGCUAAGGCGACCGAUCAAUCGUACGGUAUCACGAACCGUGCGAACAGUAUCUUUAGUGGUCUGAGCUCGUACUUCGAGAAGGCGACGAGUUCGCCUACUGGCAAGAAGUUGGUCAAGUUCUACACUGAUGGCCAGCGUCAAGUCCAGGAUAUCCAUGCCGAGGCUCGCCGCCUGGCCGAUCUAAAGAAGGAGGAACAUGGUGGAAGUGCGUACAAGGCUUCAGGACUUGAGAGAGUGUUCGGUAAGGAGAAGGGACAGGCUGCCCAACCCGCCGCGUCUGGCGAUUCCUCGUCGGUUCCCGCACCUGGACCUAAGGCUGGCACAGAGGAGUCUACCCCUCUCGCAACCACAGGUGCCAUUCCUGCGAAAGAGCCCGGAAAUGAGAAGGUAUAGGUUGAUGAAAUGGUAUCGGUUUAAUGACUUAUGGAUUUUUAUGAUUCGGGGUUGAGUGCCGUGAAGCUUUACAAGUAUUAGGUACCCACAUUAAUGCGAUUUGAUUGUUACGUUA